AUGGAAAAUUCUUCAUCAAUAAUUCCAAGACUUGAAAUGGAAUCAUUACAACAAAUGGAGCAAGAAAACGAUAAUAAUAGCUUAUUUAAUAUUCGAGAUGUGGACGCCCAACGAUUUUUAGAAGAAUCUUUAGUGUUAUUACUUAAUUUUAAUAAUUUACAACAAAAUAAUUCUUCUCCAAAAUUAAAAAAUAAUUUAAUCGAAAAAGAAGAAAAAUUAAAAAAUUCUCCAAAACAAAAUUUAGAUAAUUAUUUACCCCCAAAAUCCCCAAGGAAUAAACAACAGAGAAAUGAUUUAAAUAAAAAACCAAAAGAAAAAAUAAUUGAAGCUGGGUUGCUUUUACACGAAAUUGCUGAAAAAUGUAGACGUUCAAUUUUAAAUUUAGUAAGUUGAAGUAUUUUAAUUAAAGACAUUUUAAGUUGUUCUUUUUCUUCAAUUUUUUUUACUAAGU